AUGCUGAAAACGCUAGCUGGCCGGUUGGCACGACGGCCAUGGCGAUUUGUCUUUCCUGGUCUGCUCUUGUUCUUUUUCGCAUAUACACUUUCGCACCGAAAAGCACCACACGCACAGGCGCCCGUACAUAAAGCGAAGACCAAGUCGUUUUUCCCCCCUCUAGAAACAAAGGCUGCCAAUUCCAUCGAACUCGACUACUGCCAGAACUUCCCCGUGAAGCUGCUCCAGGAGGUGCAGGUGGUACUUAAGGUGGCCUCUGAUGGCGCAUCCGAGACGAAAGCACACCUCAGCACCGUAUCGAGCUGCAUCACCAACCUGAUCAUCGUAGGCGACCGCGAAGAGCGUCUAGGGGACCGACAGGUGAUUGAUAUCCUGGCCGAGCUGCCCAAGAGCUACGCCAAGGACAGUCCUGAUUUCCAGGCCUACCUGGACCAGAAGAAGGCACACGAAGGCGGCGAGACGGUAAAGGAACAGCAGCGGUCGUUCAAGCUCGACCGGUUCAAGUACCUGCCCAUGGUGGACAAGGCAUACAUGUCAAACCCGACGGCCAAGUGGUUCGUCUUUAUCGAGUCAGAUGUUUACAUCUUCUGGGAUACACUGUUCCGCCUGCUCAGCCUGCUCGACCCUGCACAACCACAUUACAUAGGCGAGGCGCACAAGGGGUCCGAAGGCCGCCACUUUGCCUAUGGCGGUGCAGGCAUCAUCAUCUCCCAGGGGCUGAUCAAGCAGCUCAUCCCCGCCAAGAGCCCCGGUUCCACUGAGAUCCCACGUGAAAACCGUCUCAGCGUCAGGUUCGAGAGUUGGGUCAAGGAAGACCAGCGCGGCGACGCUGUCCUCGCCUACGCCAUUCAAAACACAACUGGACACAAGCUCGAGGCCAUGUAUCCUACCUUUGCAAGCGACAAGCUCAAAGAUGUCACCACCACACGCGACAAGUGGUGCGUCCCGAUGCUUACGUUGCACCAAAUCAAGCCCCAGCAGAUGGAAGACCUAUGGAAGUGGGAGCGCACACGGCCAUACAACACCAAACCCUUCACAUACUCUUCCUUCCUCUCCUACACGCAUGGCUUCCUUGCUCAGGGCCCCUCCCGCGAAUGGUGGGACAAUCUCUCCACAGCCCCCGUGCCCAAUGACCGUCCCGCUCAUCGCAACGCUGGCUCAUGUGGCUCCGAAUGCGCUGCCGACUCCAAUUGUCUGCAAUGGUCAUACUCGCAGACUGUGUGUCGUCACGCCGAUUACAUCAAGCUCGGAGAUGCCGUCGACCGCGAGAACGGCGGACAAGGCGAGUUUGUCAGCGGCUGGGACACUGGAAAGCUCCGUAGCAUGGGCUUCGGCGUUGAAGGAGAAAACGGACAAAGAGAGUUCUACGAAGGCUGCAUCGAGGCUACCUGGCUGAUACCGCAGGCGGCGUAG